AUGGCGUCUGGAAGACUUGACACACUCAGCGCUAUUAACAUUAAGCUUCCAAUCUUGAGGAAUGACAUCAAAGUGUUAGAAUCUAGCAAACCAGGUCUCUGCUUUACGGCUCCUGAUGUGGAGAAUGUUAGAGCUCUCAUCAGCGACAGAGAUUGGGCAGAUCUUAAGGACCGUCCUGCCUUCAUUCGAUUUCCGAAUGUGGGAGUGGCGCUGCUCGACCCUGGCAAGAAGCUAAAAAGGGACCCACGGUCACUUGCGGAAGCCAACAACAGAGAAGAUAAGCGCUUCUGGUUCGAUGCGGCCUAUUCGGAAUUUGCUGCCAUUGAUGGCAAUCAUAAGAAACUCAACACGGAUGGUUCAAUUGACAAGUACAAGGCUCGUCUUGUUGUUCAGGGGUUUCGUCAAAAGUUUGGUGUUGACUAUGUUGACACCUUUGCACCGGUAAUGAGAUUCAGCACUGUUCGUCUCAUUUUCGCCCUGAGUGCGGCGAAGAACUGCGAAAUGCACCACGUCGAUGUUAAAAAUGCUUUCUUGAAUGGAGAUCUAGAAGAAGACAUCUAUGUCAAGCCACCAACAGGAAUUGACCAUAAUACCCCUCCUGGCAUGGUCUGGAAGCUGAAUAAAAGCUUAUAUGGACUGAAGCAAGCCCCUCUGUGUUGGAACAAGAAGCUUGUUGACAAGUUGGAAGCUCUAGGUUACAAAGCUGCCAAGAAAGAACCCUGUCUCUUUUACAAGAUUAAUGGCAAAGACUUCAGUAUUAUAGGUCUUUAUGUUGACGACAUCUUAACGGCGUCAAACGUACCGGGAGAAUUCGAGCGGUUUUUCAAGGGCCUAUCUGGUUACUUUGCCAUCAAAGAUGAAGGUGGUGUUAACAAAUUCUUGGGAAUCAGAGUCCAAGACUCCGACAGGACAAUAUCUCUGGAUCUGGAACAUUAUAUUGCUGACAUGAUUGAGGUUUUCAAAUUGAGUAAUCAAACAGCUAAGUCGAUACCGUUGCCCAAGAAACAUGGCCUUGAUUUCCCACAGGGCCUCGAUGCUCGUCCAGCUAACCAAUCGCUAUAUCGCAGCAUUCUUGGCAAGCUACAGUUUGCUGCUCAGACGGCUCGUCCAGACAUUGCCUAUGCUACAGGCAAGCUUGCUCAGUAUUCGAGUGACCCUAGAGCCAUUCAUAUGGAUAGAGCUUAUCAUGUUCUGAGCUACCUCAAAGGCACCAAGGACCUGGCAAUUGUCUAUCACAAAAAUGUACCAGGCGCCUCUCCGCGGCUUCUGAGAGGCUGGUCAGAUGCCGAUUGGGCAAACGAUCCUGACAGGAAGUCUAUCUCAGGCUUUGCAUUCUCUCACGGUCCUUCAACCUUCUCUUGGAAGUCGGCCAAACAGAAGCUGACAGCAACUUCCACAACCGAGGCUGAGCUGAUUGCCGCUUUUGUUGAGCAUGCAAUGUUGUCGCAGACUAGUGCAGUUGAUAAUGCACGUGAGUUUGGGUGGGAAACUAUGGUUGAUAACCUAUGUUUAUUUUAG